CGCACAGGGUGUCUGUCGGUAGCUGGAAAACUGGUGGCCAGCAGUCCAGCAAUCUCUCAUGCAGAAUGGACCUCAAUAGAGAGACUGCAGAAGAAAGCCUUUAGAAAUGUAUCCCGUGUCAAAACUGCAUGGCUUUAGCAGGGGAUGAGAGAGCAGUGUUUUCUGUGUCAGCAUAGACUCUUCUUUCUCUUUCUUUUUUCCCCUCUGUCCAGACUCUGUUAAGUUUUCCGAAGCGUAAAGAUAGAGCUCUUUUAAAAAAAGCAAAAGCGAAAGGGAAGCCAAAGGCUCUGGCUAGUCGACCUGGUUCGAAGAAGUGCUUCAGCAUCGUCUCCUCUGCAGCCAGCCCUCUGUAGGUUAGGGCUCCACGCUGCCGGGCAGGAUGCUCAUUUAACAAGAGUUCACCAGCAGACAGAGAGCUGUAUAGGUUGGCUUGCUUUCCCGUGAACCCCAAAAAUGCCAUCCAAAGAAUCGUGGUCCGGGAGGAGAGCUGCUCCCAGAGCCCCCGUCCACAAAUCCAAGCCCGAGGGCCGGCAGCAGGAUUUCCUGAUAGCAGCCUUGGGGGUGAAACUGGGCUCUCAAAAGUCGUCUGUGACAAUCUGGCAACCUCUGAAACUCUUUGCUUAUUCACAGUUGACAUCGCUUGUUAGAAGAGCAACUCUGAAAGAAAACGAGCAAAUUCCAAAAUAUGAAAAGAUUCACAAUUUCAAGGUCCAUACCUUCCGAGGGCCGCACUGGUGUGAAUACUGUGCCAACUUCAUGUGGGGGCUCAUUGCUCAGGGGGUGAAAUGCGCAGAUUGUGGUUUGAAUGUUCAUAAGCAGUGUUCCAAGAUGGUCCCAAAUGACUGUAAGCCAGACUUGAAACAUGUCAAAAAGGUGUACAGCUGUGACCUGACAACGCUCGUGAAGGCCCACAUCACAAAGCGGCCCAUGGUGGUGGACAUGUGCAUCAGGGAAAUCGAAUCCAGAGGUCUGAAUUCGGAAGGGCUGUACCGAGUAUCAGGAUUCAGUGACUUAAUUGAAGAUGUCAAGAUGGCUUUUGACAGAGAUGGCGAGAAGGCAGAUAUUUCUGUGACCGUGUAUGAAGACAUCAACAUUAUCACUGGUGCGCUUAAGCUGUACUUCAGGGAUUUGCCAAUUCCACUCAUCACAUACGACGCCUACCCUAAGUUUAUAGAGUCUGCUAAAAUUAUGGACCCCGACGAGCAGUUGGAAACCCUUCACGAAGCCCUGAAACUCCUGCCUCCUGCGCACUGCGAAACCCUGCGCCACCUCAUGGGGCAUCUGAAGAGAGUGACCCUUCACGAGAAGGAGAAUCUUAUGAAUGCAGAGAACCUUGGGAUCGUUUUUGGACCAACCCUGAUGAGAUCUCCGGAACUAGACGCCAUGGCAGCGCUGAACGAUAUACGUUACCAGAGACUGGUGGUGGAGCUGCUUAUCAAAAAUGAAGACAUCUUAUUCUAAAUUUCCAAUUUGAGAGGCGGGGGAGGGAGACAUGUUGGGCAGAUGAAGGAAUGUCUAUAGUCAUUUAAUUGGCUCUUAUAGCCGAACUCUUCCUUGGUUAGAAGUUUGGGCAGGACACCAGCUUAAAAUGAAGGAACUUUCUGUUGUCUUUGUAGUGCCGCUCAGCCGUCCUUGUAAAACAGUGAACACACGCUUCCCAGCCCUCGUCAUCCUGGGAGUGUACCAUGGUAGGAGAAACUCCAGCUUUUGCAUGACCAGCCCCCCACUUGGCAAGGGAACCCCGUACCGAGAAAGCCGCACACCUGCACAGCCUCUUCGCCCCGGGCCGCCUGUGGUUGUAAUGCAGCAUGUUCCCCAGAGAGGACCCGAUGUGCCUUUGCUGCCGGUCCUCAUCGUUGGUCUCUGAGCCUUACUCAGACGACUUGCACCCACCAGUAGAUGAACCCGCUCCGCUGGCCCUUGCAUUGACAUACCCCGUCUUCACUUUUCUCAAAUGGUUUUCUUUCCGGUCGCUCUUAGUUCGGCUGUAACAUAGUACCUUCUUUCCCCGCAGAAGCAAAAAAUGUGUUUUUCAGACUUGUUACUUUAUUAAGUUAUCUGUGCCAAUAAAAAUAUAUACAACCCAGAA